CCAGGUGACACCAGUGAGACUGAUGACAGAGACACAGGUGAGUGUGAUGACACUGAUUAACUCCACACAGCAGGAGAGGGUGUUCAGAGUUUUAUUGAACACCAAGUAAAGAGGACAAUGUGCUGCACUAAUGUUAAAAAUACUUUUCAAUCAAAACCUUAGAAAAUUAUUUUUUGGAAACGUGCUGGGAUGAAGCCUUUGGGGAAUCUGUGAAGGACUGAGGACUGACUACAGCUACAUUCAGAUGAGUUUCAUUAAUUUACAUUAUGUAUUAAGGCCCCAGGCAUCGCAGAGGAGAUGGAGGUCUGACCAACAAUAAAUCAAAAAUGACGGACGCAGUAAUGAGCAGCAGCUCUGACCGCUGGAUGUCCAAUGACAAGCAGAGAAACAUGCCUUCUGGUGAAAAAAAACAGAGUACCUGGACCUCACAGUCCGGUCCUGGCUCUGGUCCUGAACUGACAGAUGAAGAGAAGGAGAUAAUAAACAAUGUGAUCGUCCGGGCAGAGAAGAUGGAGGCCAUGGAACAGGAGAGAAUCGGGCGUUUAAUAAACCAUCUGGACGACAUGAAGAAGACAGCGUGUGGAGAUGGAGUGUCCCGCUGUCUGCUUUGUGGGGAGCAGCUCAACUUACAUGGAGUUAGUGCUGUAGUGUGUGAGGACUGCAAAAAGAGCAUGUGCAGUAAGUGCGGAACACAGUGUGGCAGUCGGCCACAUGCUGUGUGGCUCUGUAAGAUCUGCCGAGAACAGAGGGAGGUUUGGAAAAGGUCCGGUGCUUGGUUCUUCAAAGGUUUCCCUAAACACUACUUGCCAUCACCCAUGCCAUUAUCGAAAAAAAAAGAGGCCAGAGUCCAGGAGUCCCCAAAACCACAAGGGGCCCCCAACCCUGAGCCCAGAGCAGCAGUGACUCAAGUGGUCCCUGCAGCUCCUAAGCCACAGAGCCGUUCUGGUUACCCACCUGUGGCCCCUAAACCAUCUGCCAUCCCAAUGGCCACUGGUGGGGCUGGUCCUCAGGAGGCAGAGCAGGAGAGUCCGUUGGUGACGAAGAAGAUGAUUCCUGUUCAGAGCUCUAGACCGCCCGCAGCAGCCUCCGUGGGCCAGCAGGGUUCAAUGGCAGGGGAUGGAGGCUCAUUCUCCUCUGCAGCAGCCUCUGUGGAGCAGAGAGCACCUCCUGCUGCGAGAGAGGAGAGGAGGCAACCUGCUUCCCACGGAAACACUGUUCCUGUUCGGCAGCAGCCUCCCUCAGCUGAGGAGGAUGAGGAGGCCAACGAUUAUGACUCUGAUGAAGCCACCACUCUGGGUUCUCUGGAGUUCAGUCUGCUAUAUGAACAGGAAAGCAACAGUCUUCACUGUAGUAUUCUAAGAGGAAAGGGUCUGAAGCCCAUGGACUCUAAUGGACUUGCAGAUCCUUAUGUGAAGCUCCAUCUGCUGCCUGGGGCCAGUAAGGCCAACAAACUUCGCACAAAGACCCUGAGAAACACUCGUAACCCCGCAUGGAAUGAGACCCUGACUUACCACGGUCUUACAGACGAGGACAUGCAGCGUAAAACCCUCAGACUCUCCGUCUGUGAUGAAGACAAGUUUGGGCACAAUGAGUUCAUCGGCGAAACACGAGUGGCACUGAAGAAACUGAAGAUGAACCAAAAGAAGAAUUUUAACGUUUGUCUGGAGAGAGUCAUACCUACAAAGAGAACAGCGACAGUGGGAGCAGCCAGAGGCAUCUCCCUCUACGAAGAUGAGACGGGGAAAGAUAGUGGAGACGUAGAAGAACGAGGUCGGAUCCUGAUCUCGCUCAUGUACAGCACCCCGCAGAACCGCUUGAUCGUUGGGGUGGUUCGCUGCGUUCAUUUGGCUGCCAUGGAUGCUAACGGCUACUCUGAUCCCUAUGUGAAAAUAUGUCUGAAACCUGACAUGGGUAAAAAGGGCAAGUGCAAAACUCAAAUCAAGAAGAGGACUUUAAAUCCAGAGUACAACGAGGAAUUUGCCUAUGACAUCAAACACAGUGAACUGGCAAAGAAGACUUUGGACAUCACAGUUUGGGAUUAUGACAUCGGGAAAUCCAAUGACUACAUUGGCGGCUGUCAGCUGGGAAUCACUGCCAAAGGAGAGCAGCUGAAACACUGGUACGAGUGUUUGAAGAACAAGGACAAGAAGAUUGAGCGUUGGCACACUCUGUUGAACGAGAACCACGAUGCCAGUGAUUAGCUACGAUUAGGCCACGCCCAAUACAGCAUGAGCUUAAAACUUGUCCUCACGUCUUAGUAUUAGUUUGUCUUCUAGAGCAAUUCUUAUUCCUUUCCUCCUUCCUAUCCUCUUUUUUUCCUUACUUGUUGGUGUUCAUGUACAGGUUCUGUGCCUGGGGGUCAAACUGCAGCUGCUCAUGCCUCCAAACUUUUUAUCAACACUUCUCCCUCUGUCUUUGCUCCAGUAAGGCUUGGUGUCAUUUCACUGUUUACCACUAAUGUUCCUCUUUGGGAACUUCUAAAAGUGGGUUGCUGUAAGCUGACAUUUAUCUUAUUUAUAGAGUUAAUAACUAGACAUGUACGCAUUGUUAGUGUCAGCCAUCAAGGAGAAUAACUAGAAGCACAGAACUGUAUUGGCUCUUAUUAGGAUGCAACAAAACUCUAGGCGCUUUUUUGCUUUUUGACAUCGGCAUCGGCUUGAGUUUAGUUAAGUAAGUAAUUUUGGCUUGAUUCAUUAGUUUCAUUUAUAAUCUUGUAGGUUUAUAAAUUACAUACAGUAUGUCUUUGGCCACAGUCAUUUUUAAAUUCAAUCUGCUAUGUGUUUAAAAACAUUGGACGGGCUAUAGUUGUUGUUGUUUUUUUCUCCAUGUUGAAUUCAGAAAUUAUGAUCAAUUAGUGACUCGCCAAGGUGGAGUUUUUGAUGUGCAAUUAUAUCCAAUGAUUACAAAACAACUGAUAAAAACCAUACUGUAAUUUGAAGCAACAAACUCCACACAUUCUCCACAAAUGGAUUGAAAGUUGACUCGCACAAAACAUGAACAGGAAAAUGUUGUAAUGUUAAAGACGUUUGUCAUAUCAAUGCAUGGACUGGACAGGAGGCAAAUAUUAGCUCGACUGUGGAAAGAAAACUGAAUGUUAGCAUAAUCAGAUGAUAACGUAAUUUGAGCACAAAGAGCCUCAGACUUUAGAAACACACACACAUGCACACACAGCUGCACCUUAAACAUGUCUUUAUUCCCUCCUUUAUGUGUGAUGUAUAUUUCCAUGCAGAAAUGUUUACAUAUGAACAUGCUCAGGUAAGGAUAAACAUUUAGUCUACAGGUGACGCAUAUUUUAGUGGGCCAUGAAACUUAGAGAUUGGCUGUUGUUAAUUUCUGACUCAAUCUGAUAGCACAUGUAGUUAAAGGGAUGGUUCAGGUUUUUGAUAAGAGUGCACCUGUAAUAUGACUUUGAAGAAGUCUAGUUUACAAAGAGCUAAUGAAUCCUGGAGCGACCUGUGAUGGUUCACUGAUUAAACCAUCAUGGACAGUGUUGUUCAUGUGUCAGUGUCUCACUUCAAAAACCCAAACUGUUAUUAAUAGAAUUUAUGGUUUGUGUCUGUUAAUAACAUUUAAGUUAAGGGUUAGGAAAUUAAGAAAUGUAUAUUGAACACGUGCUAUGGGGCAAUUAUGUCACAAUUAUGUUGACUUCACAUUGCAUGCACUGUGUUUUUGACUCUGCUGUGCCUGGGAUCGGUUAUUAUCCACUCUCACUUACAUUAACACUGUUUGCACAAAGCAGGGAGUGUCUGCUCCUCAGUCACCCCCUUCCCUUCCUCCCCCCUCACUGCAGGUUUUUAGUGGAUGUUAGUUCCAGAGAUG